CUGUAAGUCAGGCAGGAAAUAGUGAGGACUUCUGUAAGUCAGACAGGAGAUAGUAAGGACUUGGGUCUUUGACUGCGUGGUUUUCGAAACAUUACUUCAUUUGAUCUGGGCUAAUAACUGUGUUCGUUCGCUUGCUGAGAUAAUGAAAGCCAUUACUAUAUUCAUUCGCUGUUUCCCGUGCAUUAUUUUGGGUACUUUGUCAAAAGCAGAUGUAAAAACCCAACGCUACAUGAUGAAAUCUUCACUUGACGACAAGAUGUCGAAUAUCAGCCUCAUGGCAAUACAUCAUUCGGAAUCCCUCACGCAAUGUUCCAGUAUGUGUGGUCAACUUUGUGCAUGCUUUGGUUUUAAUCCCCAACUAAAGAGGUGCCGUAUCCAUCAGUCAUGUGACCCAGCAGAUAUGACCAUCAACGAAACAGGAUGGAGGAAUUUUUAUCCUGACGUGCCGUAUCUGCAUAAAAGCUGUAUGGAGAUUUUACAAAGAGAUCCAAGCGUGAUUGGAAAAGAUGGGGUAUAUUCGAUAUAUGUCAAUGAUGAGAAAACGAAAGUGUACUGUGACAUGACUACAGAUGGUGGGGGCUGGACGGCUAUCCAAAAACGACAGGAUAAUUCUACAGACUUUUAUAGGACUUGGGCAGAUUACAAGAAAGGAUUUGGAGACCCAUCCACAAACUACUGGAUUGGAAACGAUGUAAUUCACUAUUUAACAAAGACAAAUCAGGAACUACGAGUGGAGCUGUUGAGUUUUGAUGACGAGAAAGCAUACGCCCUGUACUCCACAUUCCAAGUUGGAAACGAGAGCAGUAAAUACCAGCUUACAGUAUCGGAGUAUUCAGGAACAGCGGGAGACAGUUUGUACAUCCACAAUGGAUAUAAGUUCAGUACACAUGAUGAGGAUAACGACGAUUCCAGUGGUAACUGUGCGGUUAUAUAUCACGGAGCCUGGUGGUACAGGGAAUGUGCUAACUCCAACCUGAACGGUCUGUACGCCAGGUCCGUUGUGUCUAGUUUAAAAUACCCCUACUGGUAUCUUUGGAAAUAUCUUACCGCAUUAAAGGGAACAUCUAUGCUGAUACGACCCAAGAAUUAACAUCAAUAUAUACCGUGUUUGACAAAUGACUAAGUCAUGUCCUGGAUUGACUUAUUUUACAUCAGAUAUCUCUGAUGAAACGGGAUAGUAACGUGUGGUUGAUAUAAUAUAAAUAUCAAUGGAAUUAUCAGGAUUUUUUCAAUGUAAUUGUUUAUUAAGUAGUGAGCAGUAACAUUUUGUGUAGAAUGAUUGAGUUGUAUUCCUUUUUUAAGUAUAAAUCACUGAUUGUUAAACUCUGACAAAUGAUCAACAUACUCUAUGUACUACAUGAUCUGUAUUAUUUUGAUCAACACAUGAAUAUUAAUUUGUGGUAUAUCAUUAAUUGUCAUGAUAAAUGCUUUUACAUAGUGUAAAUAUGUAUGUCAUUAAAUAGAUUCUUAAAGCAAUAGUUUGUAUUCCAGAUAAUAAACAUCAUAUAUACAUUUUAUUUUGAUACA